AUGGGGUGGUUCUUGUCGCCUCACAUCACCGAGCUUAUGAAGGUUGCACAGGACUGUGCAGCCACCAAUUGCAUGCUAUACCGGGGAAGCAGGGAGAAGCUGGCGAAACUGGUGCAAGCUCUGAAGGACAUCAAGCGCCUCCUAGGCCCAGCCAGCACGGCCAUCGUCAACAACCAAGCCAAGCUCGACCAACUAUGGCAGCUCAAAAACGACAUUCAUGAGGUUGAGGAGAUCCUGGACUUAUUUCAGCUGGAGAUCAAUGACGUACAGUUAACUGGUAAUUACAAUUUGAAGCAUCUGGGCAGCAAAAAAGUCCAGCUAUCGGGUCAGCUGGUGAAAGUGCUCAAGAGUGUAGGCGAGACUCGGGACAGGGUGAGGGAACUCCAACACGGUGCAGUUCCUUCCAUCUUGCCACGACCCGAAACCGGCCCGAACCCGGUGAGGGACGACAGGAGCUUCUUCGGGUAUCAGGACGAGUAUGCCCAGCUGGCCUCCAUGUUGCAGAAGCAGCCGGAUGGCAGCAAGGCGGACAACAAGAUGCAUCGGAUUAUCGCCAUCAUCGGCUAUGCCGGGAUGGGGAAGACAGAGCUUGCUCGCCAGGUAUUUCGGGGCGCCAAAGGCAAGUUUGACCUUUGCAUAUGGGUGCAUGCCUACCGCAAGAACACCGAAUACGACCUCCUGAAAGAGAUCUGGAAGUAUGUUGUUGGUCACAAAGCGGUCGGUGAGAUGGAAGUCAAGCAGCUCCAGAGUGAACUCAAGCAGCUCCUGGCGUCAAAGAGGUGCCUUCUGGUGCUCGACGAUGUAUGGAACCAUGAGUUGGCGACCAGCGAGGUGCAUAGGAAGCAUGCAUUGGUGGCUCUGGACUCGUUUAUGGGCUUCGCCGAAGAUGGAAGUAGAGUCGUGUUGACUACUCGAGCCAAGAUUUGCUCGGCAACGUUCAGAGCAGAUGCAAGCAUCAUCUUAGAUGGGAUCAAACCCAAGGAGAUCACACUUCUGCUCGACGACAUUGCAGAGCUUAGGACUAAUGGUAUCCAGGAGCUGCUAAACAAACAGGUGCCCAAGCUGAAGGGGUCUACAUUGGCAGCCGUAGAGAUCGGUCACGAGUUGAGGAAACAAGCCACAAGUGACAAGAUGUGCAACAUCUUACACAACAUUGAACAUCAUCUGGGCAGCGUAUUAGAGGGACAUUUGUUCACGUAUCGCCAUCUGCCACCGCACCUGCAGCGUUGCUUCGAGUUCUGCAGCAUAUUCCCAUACAACUGGAGGUUCAAGCCUGAGAAGUUAACCAAGAUGUGGAUAGCCCGGGCUUUGCCGCCGCCGGUCCGGUCCCUAGAAACAGGACCGCCAGACUGGUCGGUCCGGUCCGGCUCGGUCCGCCGGCGGCCGGUCCAAGUGACGGCUCGGUCAGGGACCGGACCGGCCUGGACCGUGUCCACCCUGAGUAGGAAUAGGGAUGACUUAUGUGAUCCAUGA